AUGGAGGAAGGAGUGAAGAGAUGGGUGGUAGACAUAUCAAAGUGGGACCCACUCCCCCAUCAAUUCUCCUUCGCCCUCUCCCUCCUUCCUUCCCAACAACACUCCUCCGUCACCAGGUUUUUUAAAACUCAAGACCAGAAACGUGCACUUAUCAGCAGAAUGCUUCAAUAUGCACUUCUACAUCAUUUCAUCAAAAUCAAUAACCCUUUCUUAUUCACCAUUAAAACAACUUCCCAAGGCAAACCAUUCUUGGAUUUACUGGAUUAUGAUAAAUUGGGUAUUACAUUCCCAAAUUUUAAUUUCAAUGUAUCUCAUCAUGGCGACUAUGUCGCCAUAGCAUCUGAACCUUUAUGUCUUGUGGGGAUUGACAUUGUCUCCUUUGAUAUACCUCAUGGAGAAACAGUUGCGGACUUCAUUCACUCUUUUGAAUCAUACUUUUCAACUUUGGAAUGGGAUAAUAUACUCAAUGCUGCCACUUCCAAUCAUGUAUUAAUUAAGUUUUACAGGUAUUGGAGUCUAAAGGAGGCAUAUGUUAAAGCCAUGGGGAGUGGACUUGUUGAAGGGUUGAACAAAGUGGAAUUUUCUCACACAAAUUGGACUAAUAUAUCAGCUACAAUGGAUGGGAAGUUAAUGGAUUUGUGGAGAUUUUGGUUGAUUGAACUAGGAGAACGACAUUGUGUCGCGAUUGCGAGAGGUCCUCCAAAAUCAGCUGAUACUAGUUACAUAUCAACAUUGAAGAAAGUAGACUUUACUGAAGACGAAUAUAGUACAGGUCUUCAUCUUCCAAAUGUAGACUUUGUAGAACUAAGUGUAGAACAACUUGUUUUAAUUUUACAGAAAGCAUUUAGUUGUGAAAAUAGAGGUUAG